GUUCUCAACUCCUCUGAUACGGGCCCUUUCAUUCCGCCAGAUACGUCUCCGGAUCCCCCUUUCAUCCCAUUUAAUCCCCUCAUUCCCGUCUCGGGUCUAUUUCUCUAUCACAUAUAGCAUUUGGGCGCCAUGGUUGCUUCUACUGUCCGGAUGCGCGCUCCCAGCGCCAUGUUCCUCUCCAAAGGCGCCCUCUCCCUGAAGCGGCCGCAAACUGUUCACAGAUUCAAGGACAUCGCUCAAUCUCAAUUGCCUUCCCUGUCCGCCCUUUCCCGUUUUUAUGCCUCCAAGUCCUUCCCUCCCCACACUGUCAUCAGCAUGCCGGCCUUGUCGCCGACCAUGUCCGCCGGAAACAUUGGAGCUUGGCAGAAGAAGGCCGGUGAUUCCCUGCAGCCCGGUGAUGUCCUGGUAGAGAUCGAGACCGAUAAGGCCCAGAUGGACUUUGAGUUCCAGGAAGAGGGUGUUCUGGCCAAGGUUCUUAAGGAGACUGGCGAGAAGGACGUCUCUGUCGGUUCUCCUAUCGCUGUUUUGGUUGAGGAAGGUGUCGAUGUUGCCGCUUUCGAGGCUUUCAGCCUGGCGGAUGCCGGUGGUGAGAAGGCUGCUCCUGCUGCUGAGGAGAGCAAGCAGGAGUCCAAGGCCGCUGAGGCUGCCCCGGCUUCUGAGCCCGCCCCUGCUGCCGUGGAGCCUGAGACUUCCGGCGAGAAACUCCAGCCCAGUCUGGACCGUGAGCCUUCCAUCAGCCCUGCUGCCAAGGCCCUGGCUUUGGAGAAGGGUGUGCCGAUCAAGGCUCUCAAGGGUACCGGCCGUGGUGGCCAGAUCACUAAGGAGGACGUUGAGAAGUACAAGCCCAGUGCUUCUGCCGGCCCUACCUACGAGGACAUCCCCCUGACCUCCAUGCGCAAGACCAUUGCUAGCCGCCUCCAGCAGUCCGUGCGCGAGAACCCUCACUUCUACGUCUCCACCACUUUGUCUGUGAGCAAGCUCCUCAAGCUUCGUCAGGCUCUGAACGCUUCCUCCGAGGGCAAGUACAAGCUUUCCGUCAACGACUUCCUCGUCAAGGCCUGCGGUGCCGCCCUCAUGAAGGUCCCCACCGUCAACUCCAGCUGGCAUGAGGAGAACGGCCAGACCGUCAUCCGUCAGCACAAGACCGUCGACGUCAGUGUUGCCGUCUCUACCGCCAAUGGCCUCAUCACCCCCAUCGUCAAGAGCGUUGAGGGCCGUGGUCUGUCCAGCAUCUCCAACCAGAUCAAGGACCUGGGCAAGCGCGCCCGCGACAACAAGCUCAAGCCCGAGGAGUACCAGGGUGGCACUUUCACCAUCAGCAACAUGGGUAUGAACCCUGCUGUUGAGCGCUUCGCCGCCGUCAUCAACCCCCCUCAGGCCGGUAUCCUGGCUGUUGGCACCAUCCGCAAGGUUGCCGUCCCCGUCGAGACUGAGGAGGGCACCUCCGUUGAGUGGGAUGACCAGAUCAUCGUCACUGGUAGCUUCGACCACCGUGUCGUCGAUGGUGUUGUCGGUGCUGAGUGGAUUAAGGAGCUGAAGAAGGUUGUUGAGAACCCCCUCGAGCUUCUUUUCCUAGAUAUUCUCAAUGCAUUUCCUAUGUUCCGUACUUCCAUGAUGUUAAGCCUUGCAGGAUGUUUCGGACUAUUCACACGACUCCUUUAUUCAUCAUGUCUUACGCAGAAGCUGCUGCCAAAGGUCCCAAGCAAUCCGCAGAGGAGUCGUGCCCCCAGCGUUGGUGGAGUGUACCGCGACGAAGCCGAGAGCACCGCUUCCCUGGUCGACGUCGACUCGCCGCAUGUCCAGGCUGUGGAUCCCGAUUUCCUAAAGCAGGAUGUGCAGACCACCACCCAGGCUGAGCGGAUAGAGCGAGAAGAAGAGGAGCGGGAAGCCUACGAAGAACGGAAAGCGAAGAGCAAGGCUAAGGCUAAAGCCAAGGCGAAGGCUGAAUCGGCGCGCAGCAACGCGCACAACCCUGUCUACCUCGGAAAUGCUGUGAUUUUGGCCUUGACUGGCGCUGGUCUGGGAUAUGGAGCAUACCGGAAGCAUGCUGCUGGGCAGCUUUCGUGGGAAGUGAUUGGAUGGGCCUCAGGCGCUAUUGGCGCUUUUGGUGCCGUGGACUACUUUGUUAGCAAAUGGCUUCUGCAGAACAAGUACCCUCCGAAAUAAGGCUUGAAGUUGAAACGGAGCACUUCGUGGAGUAGUGAUAUCCCAGUGUCAAAUCCGCGGUCUAUUACUUUCUUACUGUUUGUUGUACUCCUUUAGGGUAUAUGAGGCGUUUGUGCAGUCUUUGGG